AUGUCGUACUACGGGAACGGCCAGAACUACUACAACCCAAACAUUCCACAUUCCAACGUGGGCGCCCAAGGCCAAUACCAGGACCCCUACCACCGUUCCUCAUCGAGCACCGACCCAAACGAUGGUGCAAACGGAGGCACUGCAGGCGCAGGCGCGGUUUCAGACUACGGCUACGGUUAUGCCCAGCCAGAGCGCCGCAACAGCAUGGCUGCGCGCCAGAACGACGAGCUCUUCAUAGCCGCUGCAAACUCCCCGCACAUCGGUCAGGGUCCAAUGUCGCCUACCGCUGGUGGAUACGGCUCCAGUGCCGGCUAUGGCUACCCAUCACAGCGACAGCAACUCGAGUACAACCCCCAGAACUACAACACACAGCCCGUCGCUCUACCCAACCCUUCGCACUACGGCGGCGUCAGCAGACCCUUUGCACCGCCCGUCUCAACAACGGCCUCGCAUCAGCCCUACAAUCCAGCUGCCUAUGCGAGCAACAGUCUCGUCAGGACGAAUACUGCCAACCAAAACUAUGCCUUCUCUCCCACCUCUCCAACUGCCACGUACCCUUCGCCCUCUUCAUACCAGCAGUCGCAGUUUGGGAGAGCAGGCUCGGUUCAGAGAGGUGCUUCGUCUUAUACCACACCUGCACCGCCCCCACUACCUGUGCCUCCUGGAAGCACACAACUUCCCGCUGACGAUUGGGGCAACCGACCCUCUCCGCAUGCCUCCAACUCAUCGGGGUACUACUCGUCGAGCGCCUCGCAUGCUCCAUUACCCUCACCACCUGUCUACGACACUGGCUAUGGCUCACAACGCAGCGACAGAUACGGAAGUUUCCAAUCGAACCCCCUACCCCCGACUCCUGAAGUUCCGCCCCAUGGGUCACCUCAGCGAACGAAUAUGAUGUCUUCGCGACCGCUACCACCACCACCCCACGAGUCUGAUAGCGAUGAGUACUCGACGCCGCAGAAUGGAUACCAGGACGAGCUUUUCAACGACGUCUUGAGUAUGACGGGCGGUGGAACUCAUGUCCAACACUCCAACGGUCAAUACUAUCACACUGAGCGUCAUUCACCCGGAUACAAUGGUAUGAAUGGUGGCCAAGGAGGUGCAUACCCCGGGCGUGAGACAUACGCUAGCGACGAGAGUGAUGUCGAGGCUGCUGCUGGUCUGGCUGCACUCCAAAUGGCCGAAGAACAAGAGAGGGCUGAUGAGGCCCGGAGAGCUAGUGGUGGCAGCGGACUGUUUAGCAACUACACGUCAGUGCAUUCACCACAAAUGCCUACAGAACCCGCAAGAGAAGGAAGUGCAAGCGAUACCGAAUAUGUAGGCAUGGAUGUGGGUACAUAUGGCGGUGGCUUCAUGCCGUCCUUCAAUUAUGGUGGAGACCCAAGUCAGCUAGCAGCGGGAAGUGGCUACCCACCGUCGACAUCAGGCUCGCAACGACGAUCGGAGCGCUAUGGCGAAGAGUACGAUUCGAUUCACCCCUUCCCGUCCUUCUCGAGCAAUGCACGUGUCGACACUUUUGGUACUGGUGGUCUUCAAGAGCCUAGCGACCGACGACGGAGCUACGACGAAGGUGAUGAGGUCACCCUCAUGGACAGCGCGUCUAUCGCAUCCAGCUCUACUCUCAUAACACAAACAUCGGCCAUGCCCAGCGAACCACCAGACAUGUUUUACCACCCAGGAAUCUCAAACCGACCUCUGCCGCCUCCUCCAGUGAAUACCAACGCUCGACGAACAAACCACCAAAGCAACAGUUCUACCGGAUCUGGAUCCUACGAGUAUUGGCGCAACGCUCCGUCGUCCCGUGACCCGUACCCUGUCCAUCCUAAUGGUGGACACAUGAUAUCGCCCAAUGGUACACACGUCCCCCGUUCAACCUCGCUCCUACAGCACAGCAAUGCUCGAGAUGCCAUACCCUUGCCCAGAUCCAAAACCGAUGCGGAACAGGGGCACAGGUCUCGGGGUAGCCGCAAUACCUUUUAUGGUAAUGCCAUGGACAGCGAUGCGAACACACUAACUCCUGCCAGUACUGAAGCCGUAGCUAUUGACCUGCCAACAAUUCCAGCUUGCAAGCGUUUCAACCCCGCAAAGCUGUCUAGCAUCGACUUCAAGAAGUGCACAGAGCCAUGGGCGCUUAGCUCAAUCAUUGCUUGGCUCAAGAGCAUGACGGAAGGUGAAAAUGAUCUAAAAGAGGGUCCUAUCCAGGAGGGUCUGGUCGCACUUUUCACUCACAAAGUCCCAACGAUGAAUAUUGCCGAUGCCGAGACUCUAAGUAGCCGUGUGGUGGCAGAAAUGUACAAAGCUGGUACUCUUGUGCACGAAGAAGAAUGGCUCAAGUUUUCUUCUGAGAGCAUCACGGGUGUAAUAUUCCAGCUGACAGGAGCGGGCUGCUACGCACCCAUGUUGCAUACUCACGCUUCUCCUGGUCGAUGCUAUUCACACCACUGCCAGCGAACACUCAAGAAGAUUGACCUCCAUGCUCCAUCCGCCGCUCCUCGUUCUGAAGAUUGGGCGACUUUUUACAAGCUGAAAAAGGAGGACAUUGAGGGUGCGAACAAGAAGGAAAUCGAGCGUCAAAACAUCCUACACGAGAUUGUGCAGGGAGAGGACAACUACAUGAAUCGACUCGAUGUAUUGCGCCAACUGUACCGUGACCGGUUAAAGGCAUCCAAAUCUGAGGUUAUACCCGCGGAAAGGCUCGACCGGUUCAUCCGCGACGUUUUCAGCAAAGUGGAUGCAGUGCGCAAGGCAAAUGAAGACCAUCUCCUCCCACAAAUAAAGUACAGGCAGCAAGAGCAAGGGCCGUGGAUUGUUGGGUUUAGCGACAUCUUUAGAGAAUGGAUCCGGAAGGCCAAGCACGCAUACAUUGAGUAUGCGGCAGCCUUUCCGUACGCAACCUUCCGAGUUCGACAAGAGGCUGACCGGAACAAGGACUUCCGUAGAUUUCUGGAUGAAGCUCAGAAACACAAGCUUUCCAACAAGCUUGGUUGGGAUACGUAUCUGAAGGCACCUAUCGACAGGCUGCAGCGUUACGGUCUGCUUCUGGACACGGUGCUAAAAUACUCGAUUGUCGACAAUGAGGAGAAGAGGAAUCUCCAAAUUGCCAAGGAUGAGAUCAAAGCUGUAACUUUGGAGUGCGAUGCCCGUGUUGCUGAGAUGGGCCGGAAAGUCAGCCUCACGGAUCUUCAAACCAAGCUCAUUUUACGACCAGGCAUGCAACGUGUAGAGCUCAAUCUGGAUCAUCUUGGACGAGAACUGAUCUUCCGAGGCGAUCUGCAAAGAAUGGCAGGUAACCGCUUCAACUGGCGUGAGACUCACGCACUACUCUUCGACCACUACCUCGUACUCGCAAAAACAGUCGCUCUCAGAGAGGCAGAUGGAACUCCUAGGCCUGAGAAAUACGACGUGUGCCGGGUGCCAAUUCCCAUGGAUCUGCUCGUGCUUGAAAGCGAAGAUGAUGAUCCCGUUGUACGUUCAACGAUGAAGGGUAUAUCCACGGUCACGGCAGUCCCGGGUCGAGUUGCCGGAACUGGUGCACGCCUAACCGGCAGUCCUGCUCCAGGCGCUUUGCAGCACGUGACUACCAAUUCCUCUCUUGGGUCCUCAAAUACAAGUGUUUCUGGAAAGACCCUCGUCAAUACCUCAACAAUUGAUGCCAGUAAAGAUGAGAAGGUUCUAUAUCCGUUCAGAGUGAAGCACCUUGGCUCGGAGACUUACACCCUGUAUGCUCCAAGCGCCCAAAAUCGAGCCGAAUGGUGUGACAAGCUCAUCAUUGCAAAGACACGACACGCCGCGUCUCUCUUUGCUCAGAACGCAGAGCCUUUCAGAUUACGAGUGAUGGCUGAUGCUGCGUUUGCAUACGACAGUGCUAUGCCAUCUCAAAGAGCCAUAACCAUCAAGGGAACACCUCUGGACCGAGCCAUUGACGAGGUAGAGAAGCUCUUCGUUAACGUUGGCCGUCCGGUGCCCAUCUGCCGAGCGAGGGUUAAUUGUGCCACGGCCUUUGUCCAACCCCAUGGCAAACACAUGGUGGCGGUUGGUACAGAUAUUGGUGUAUACGUGUCCGACUUUGAUAACCCUAGAGGUUGGUCAAAGGCCAUUCAAACACCGCGAGUAACCCAGAUUGCCGUGCUCGAGCAGUUCGGCUUGAUGCUCCUCGUUUCUGAUAAGGCUUUGAUUGCAUACCACCUGGAUGCUGUGUGCCCGCUCAGCGGCAUAGCUCCUUCAAACGACUCGACCCGACGCGCUCCUCAAAAGCUGUCAGGCGCGCGUGACAUUGGCUUCUUCGCCACUGGUGUAAUGAAGGACAGGACCCUGGUCUUCUACAAGAAGCGCGACGGAAUCUCAUCAACUUUCAAGGUCCUCGAGCCUGUGUAUCAGAAAUCCACAGAGAAGAAGUCCAGGAUAUGGAAAACGGGCCGCACGGAGUUUUUCCGCGAAUACGAUGAGUUCUACAUCCCGGCUGAAUGCUUCACCAUCAAUCUCUUCCAUUCUUCUCUCGCCAUCUCCACAUCCAAGGGCUUCGAGGUACUCACUUUGGACAAGAAACAGCCAUGGUCGGUGCCAGACCUAAAGCAACCACACGUCGCCACUAUUGCAUCGCGACUACAAAACCAAGUCCCAUUGGGCAUGUUCCGCCUCUCGGACCAAGAGUUCCUUCUUUGUUACCAGGAGUGUGCGGUAUACAUCAACAAGAACGGUGACAUCUCCCGCUCGGUUAUCAUGGAAUUUGUCGGCAAGGCAGAGAGCGCUGCCAUGUACGGACCGUAUGUGUUGCUCUUUGACCCCGACUUCGUUGAGAUUCGCAACGCACAGAAUGGCAGAUUACGUCAAGUGAUUGCUGGGCGUGAUGUCAAGUGUUUGGAUGAUGGACUCAGCGGAGGUUCAUCGCACAACAGGACAGUGAAGCUGAGCUUGCAGCAUCCGUACCAUGAAAGGAGCCAAGUCGUUGUUGAGUUGGUGCUUAACGAAGGUCAAAAGGAGUAA